GAGGAUAACGUAGUAUUUCGAUCCAUGUCAUUGUCUCCAAACGGCGCCUAUCCUUGCCCCAUGCUUGGACUCCCGCGCUCACACGACUCUGUCUCUCCAGCCUCGUACGCAAGCCACCCUACGUCCUCAUUCGACGAUUCGUCUUCGGGGCAUCCAGCCUCGUCUGUGAGCUCGGGUAACGUACACAUGAGGGCAUGGGCCAUGCUGCAACUUCUUCGAUUUCGACUGUCACCCCUGGGUCGCCGCCAAUGGUCGCAGCCCCACAGCAACAGCAGCACCGUGAGCAGAUACGUCAGCGCCCAAUUAUGCCUAUCACGGCGGCAGCGACAGCGCCUCAGGCAGGUCCUGCACGGCCUCCAAUCGUACCGAAGCCGCCCGCUCCUCGUCCUGCAACAAAUCGAAGGGCUCGUGCUCCAAAGCGACCAAGGCCAUCAACAUCCCAGGGCGGUGAGGGUAGGGGUGGGGACAGUGAUGAUGAUGAUGAUGUGGUAGAAUGGGUUGGAUCAUCUGUGCCUCCACAAGGCGCGGCUACGGGGGUGGUGGGUCAAAGCAAGUGAGUGACCUCCUACGCUUGUGGAAUCGGGAAUAGUGUGCUGAUCGGGCUGUGUUUUUUUACACGUUUUUCUGUUUCCUCGCUUACUUUCCGGAAUCGUGUUUCUGCAAAUGGUUUGGUUUGCUGAACCUCUAAACUCAUCUGUGUUAGUGCAAUGGCCCUGUCCUGAUAUCGUGCAUGCUCGAUACUGCUGGCUUCAUUGGCGAAUACUCUGGUUGUGUCAAUUGCUGGACUUGUCGAGCAUAUGAACGACUGUUGAUUUCGUUUAGGUUGUGGAGAGUCAAGACUGCCAUUUAGUCGGUGUAUCAUAUAUUAUAUUGUACAGCGUGUAUUUCCGUAAAUCAAUGUGCGCGAGAGAGAACAAACGUUAACG